AUAAGGUUCUAUAAAGAUUUCAAACGGAAAGUUGAUUAUGCUCACAUGUUCACUCUCACCAAGGACUUGGAAGUAAAUAACAAAGAUUCCUGGUCAUUACGUUAUCAUAAGUUGCAAGGAACAACAGGGAUAAUCAGGACAAUUAUGGACGCAAUAAGUAAAGCUCAUCACGAGAACCUCCAGUUUCACGCACUCUAUUACGGCUACAUGUUAAAUCAGCCAAUCAGAGGCCUGCAAUAUCGGUUGAAUAUUUUCACGAACAAAGACCGACACAUAGCAAGAUCAUAUCAAAAAUUUGGUGCAAUCGAAAAACGAAUAAUAAAAACAUCUGAGACGAAGCCAGUUACUAUUGUUGUACCGCUUGCGGGAAGAUUAAACAACUUUAAACAAUUCAUGAAAAAUCUAGAGCAAAAUAUCUUGAAGAAAAAUGAUCCAAUCACGCUUCUUGUCGCAUAUUUCCCAGAAGUGACACCUUCAUUAGAACACAAGAAGAUUUUUCAUCAAUUUAACAUGACGUACAGAAAUCACAUCUUCAUAUGGCUAGACCUGCCAGGCUCAUUUGCCAGGGCCCAGGCCUUACAAGCUGCAGUAGAUUUUAACAAAGACAAUAAUUUACUAUUCUUUGCUGAUGUUGACUUGACUUUUAACGAGGUCUUCCUACAGCGAUGUCGUGAUAACACCGUCGCCAAGCAACGCGUAUACUUCCCAGUCAUGUUUAAAUUAUUCAACCCAAAGAUCCUUGGUUUUCAACUCAAACCAACCGAAUAUUUCAGAUCAUUUGACAGGGAAGUUGGGGACUGGGCAUUAUACUCGUUCGGGCCGGUAUGUGCAUACAGCUAUGAUGUCAUCUCUAUAGGUGGAUUUAACGUUAAAAUCAAAGAAUGGGGAUACGAAGAUAUACAUUUGUUUGAAGCAUUCAUAUCAAGAAAUAAAUACGAUAUUAUAAGAGCAGCUGACCCAGGACUUAUUCACAUUUAUCACGCGCAUAGUAAAUGUGACGUCAUUAAAAAUAAUAUUCAGCGGUUAAUGUGCACGGGCGCAAUGUUGAACAGCCUGGCAUCUGAGGAUAGCAUAGUUAAAUAUUUACUGAUGAAAAAAUAUGUCAACUUAUAA